AUGGAGCAGCAGGAGGCACUGGCGCACGGCUUUGACCAUGAAGUCCAAGUGGUGACUGUCGGCUGCGCCGGGCAAGUCAUCCGGUCGGCGUACGAGGUGACCACGUCUGACGUGUUCGUGAUCAGGGGCAACACCGCUGCGCUUCGCUGCGAGGUGCCAGCUUCGGUUCGCGACUUCAUUCAUGUCGUCUAUUGGGAGACCGACGACGGGCUCACGCUGCACAGUGGCACCCUAGAAGACAAGUACCAGAUAUCGACGGAGGGGGACCUGGUCAUCGACCGCGUCGACAUGGCCGACGCGAGGCGCAAGUACCGCUGCAUCACGCGCAACAUUCUGGUCGGCGAGACCGUGUCCGGAUCCAGCUGGGCGCAGCUGCUUGUUACCGACACGUCGAACUACCUGCCUCCCCGAAUCCGCAGACUGAAGCAGACGAUGAAACUGUCGGCCGGCGACCCGCUUCGAUUGGCGUGCGUGGCGCAGGGCUACCCUGCUCCCAGCUACCGCUGGUACCGCAAGAAGGAUUCGCUCACCAUCCCGCUGGGCUCUAGUAGCGGAAGCGGCGGCCGGAUACGCGUGUACCGGGGCUUCCUGCUCGUCCAGUCCACCAUGCGUCAGGACGCCGGCACUUUCAUGUGUGUCGCCAACAACACGGCUGGAGAAGACCGCGCCCUCUUCGAAGUCAUCGUCACCAUGCCUCUCAAGGUGACCGUAAGUCCCAGCAGUGUGCUGACUCGCGAGGGCCGCAACGUGGUGUUUAACUGCUCGGUGCGCGGAUUUCCCGUGUCGGCGGUCACGUGGCUGCGCAACCAGCAGCCCGUCAUGUCCGGGGGCCGAGUACGAGUCGUGGACCAGACCGAGCUGCACGUGAGCGCCGUCCAGAGGUCGGACCGCGGCAUGUAUCAGUGCGUCGCCUACGGACACGAGAGCUCGGCCCAAGGAGCAGCUCAGCUCGCGCUUGAAGAGAACCCGCCCGACUUCCUGGAGGCCUUCCAGGACCAGCUGCUCAAGCCCGGCCUGCCCGUGUCGCUCAAGUGCUCCGUGACGGGCAACCCGCUGCCGCAGAUCUCGUGGUUCCGCUACGGCCGCCUGCUGGCUGACCGGGCGGGCCUGCGCAUCGGGGACUUUGUGGACGCCUCCGGCGUGGUCACCAGUUUCGUCAACGUGUCGGCCGUGGCCACCGAGCACGGCGGUGUGUACACGUGCCGCGCCGAGAACGAACUCGCCUCGGCCGAGCACACGGCGCGCCUGUCCGUGUACGGGCCGCCGUUCGUGCACCGCAUGGACAACACGACGCACGUGAGCGGCGCCGACGUGCGCCUGCAGUGCGCGUCCUCCGGAUACCCAAUCUCGCAGGUCGUCUGGAAGAAAGAUAACGAGAAACUGCGGCCUUCGUCGAGAAUCCUGGCCAGCGACAACGGGACAUUGCACAUCGUUCACGUGACCCAAAGCGACCAAGGCUGGUACGAGUGCGCCGUCAGUAACCGACGAGGAAAUACGGCCGUCGGUUCCAUGUACCUCAGGGUCAUCGCAAGGCCCGUGAUCAACCCAUUCCUGUUCAUGAAGAACCUCCAAGAAGGAAUGCGGACCACCGUGGUAUGCAGCGUCCUGUCCGGGGAGUCGCCCAUGGACAUCGACUGGCUCAAGGACGGUGCUCCACUGACCGACAUUCACCCGGAAGCCAAGAUCACACGGCUGGGUGACUUCGCCUCGUCUCUCACUAUGGACAACGUGACGAGGAGGCACUCGGGAAAUUACAGCUGCAAGGCCACGUCCGGUAUAGCGACGGCCAACUACACGGCGAGGAUGGACGUCAGUGCGUCGCCGAGAUGGAUGAAGCAGCCCAGCGAUCAAUCCUCUACCAGAGGACAGCGCACGGUGUUCGAUUGCGAGGCGGACGGGAACCCUCUGCCCGUGCACCGCUGGAAAGUGGCCUACGGCAAAAGAAGCGAGAAGGUCUCCGAGUUCCGGAGCGUCGUGAGCAGCCCGCACAUGCACGUGUUGGAGAAUGGAUCGCUGGUCAUAUCCGAGGUGACCAUCGAGGACCAGGGCCAUUACCUGUGCGAGGCCAGCAACGGGGUCGGGCCGGCACUGUCGGUCGUUGCUUACCUCGACGUCAACGUUCCACCGUAUUUCACCGAGGAGUUCGAGACAAAGACAGUUCGAUCCAAGGAUGACGUCACCAUCUCCUGCGAGGUGUUUGGGGAAACUCCGCUCACGGUCACGUGGUCCAAGGAUAGGAAACCUUUCGGAGAUCUCGCUUUGCCACGGUUCGUUCUUCAAGAGGACACCACGGCUGAAGGAAUAGUGUCCAAAGUUUUCAUUCCGUCCGUGAGUCGAGAAGACUCUGGGGUGUUUGCCUGCGAAGCCACCAACUCUUACGGAAAGAAGGAUCGCACGAUUCAGCUCAUUGUUCAAGGUGCGCCAGAGACGCCGAGAGACGUUCACAUUGACCAAGUAACGAGCCGAUCGGUAACUCUCUACUGGACGCAGCCACACACGGGCAACAGCCCCAUCUUGGGAUACACAAUCCUCUACGUGCCUGAAGCCGAUAAGGUGACAUCGGCGCCCCUGAGCAUGCGCACUGGGACACCUAGCAACCGCGCUACGCUAACAGGUCUCAUUCCCGGGACGUCCUACAUUCUUCGAAUCGUGGCUGAGAACGCCGUCGGCAAAUCCGGUCCCAGCGAGGAAGUGCGGGUGUCCACCGACGAAGAAGCCCCUUCGGGAUCGCCAUACGAAGUCAGGGUCACAGCAACAAGCUCAAAAACUAUCCACGUGCGGUGGAAGCCGCCGCUGCAGGCGACCUACCACGGAAAGCUGAAGGGGUUUCACGUGGGCUACAGGCCGAUAAACACCAGGGAAACGUUUCAGUUCCAAACGAUCAAGCUCGACGACAGCGAACACGGCGCGGGCGCCGAGAAGAAGGAGCAAGAGUACGAGAUUCGCGGUCUACGGAGGCACACCCAGUACGCCGUGGUGGUGCAGGCCUUCAACAACAAAGGGGCGGGCCCGUUGUCCGAAGAGGCCACAGUUCAGACCCUCGAAUUCGACCCUCCGCCGGCGCCUCAGCUGUUCGUCACUUCGAAGUCCUCCUCCACGUUAGAACUGGAAUGGAAAUUCACCGAAGCUACCGAAACGCCUAUUACAGGGUACGUGGUGCAUUACAAGAGCGAGUACGGAGAGUGGCAAGAGACGCAGGUUAACUCCAAACUGAACAAGCACCUGCUGACAAACCUGGUCUGCGGCCACCACUACCAGAUUACCAUCACCGCCUUCAAUUCGGCUGGUAGAGGAGCACCCAGCGAAACUGUCAGCGCCGAGACAACAGGAAGAGGACCGAUCCCUCCACAGGACAAGAUGCAGAAUGUCGUUACCGCCAAUUCGACGUGCAUCUCCGUGAACCUGGACGGCUGGAGCGACGGCGGCUGUCCCAUCACUUCCUUCGUACUGCAGUACAAGCCUCACAUGCAGCAGGACUGGAUCCUUCUCUCCAACAACAUUCAGAUGGCCCAGUCGCCCGUCACUCUGACCGACUUGGCGCCGGGCACGUGGUACGACAUCAUGGUGUCCGCAUACAACGAUGCCGAUGCGAACGAAGUCGAAUACCGCAUCGCCACGCUCACACUCAGUGGAGCGACGGUGGCGCCUCUGGCAGCUCAGUCCCAGGAAAGCGGUGGGUCGCUGUUUCGCGACCCAGCUGUGCUGGUGCCCGUGGCGUGCGCCGUGGUCGUGGUGCUCGUCAUCUGCCUUGUCGUGGGCGUCGUGCUCGUGCUGCGCAGGCGCGAGAACGUCUACGACACGUGCCACACGCAGCACAUAUAUUCGAGUGAGUCUGUGCGCAAGACGGACAGCAUGUCCAUGUCGGCCUACACCAAGGACAAGCAGCACUUCUGCGACUCCUCCGGUGACGAAGGCGCCACGCAGCGCGAGCCCCUCUACUACCCGUCGCCGUACGCUACCACGCAGGUCUCGGCCGCAGCGUCGUCGGCGUUGGUCGCCGGAGAGAUGUCGUCAUGCGCGUCACCUGGACGUCGGCUGGCGUCAGGCGGCGACUUCGGCGGCGGCGGCGGCACGCUGCAGCGGACGCGUUACAGCGGCAACCGGACGCACCUGUACGACGUGCCGCUCAGGCCCAAACAGCAGAGUGAAGACUAUACAGCUUAUGCAAGGCUCUGGAUGCAACCGCUUCCCACAGGGGCGUUCAGUUUAGAUCAAGAUGGAGAGACCGACAUGUACGCAGAUUUUGUAGAGUUCGUCGGCAAUGAGACGAAGUAUUCAAGGGGAGAGGAAGUUCCACAUUACAGAAGCCCAAGGAAGUUUAGCAAACAAGACGUGCUGAUGAACGGAGAAGUGGUGGACAUGGAAGAGCUCUCAGAGGCCGAAUGCGACAGAGAUAGACUUCGGUACCACAUGUCAAAUCAAAAUACUCUUGCGAGAAGUCAACGGGAUCAGUCAUCGUAUAAGCAUUUCACAGGAGGUGUUUUGAACUCUUUGCCACUGCUGCCUUCUUUUAUACAAAGUUAAGCUGAACAAGAAAUGGAAUGUAGACCUUCUACUCUGAGCGGUCUGCAACGCCGGGGAAGACCAUCGCAUCUAUGUGAGAUAAUCUUGUGAUAGUGAACCAUCAGGAAGGACAUGGAAAUGAAUUAGCCAUGAACGCAGGACGACUGCCCUAUCCCGGUGUUCAGGUGUUCCGGCGUUCAGGAAGCAUGCGUCAGUGAAAAGAAAUUGCUCCCGCUCCGACUGAGCUAGAUGCGAGUAGUAACCUCAUUUAGCCGAUCUGAGUUACGUUCGGCAGAAGUUCACGCCCAUGCCGUUUAAUUUCACACUAGAUGAUAUGUGAAAAACGAGAUAUUUUAUGAGUAAAUGUGGAGAACACCGAAAAGGCGAAUCGCUGACUCCAAAGAAUGAGUUAUGAAGGAUCAACUCGUCACCUCAGAACGCAGCGAAAUUCGCUUCUCAGCGUGACCUAACAUACGCGUCGCAUCUCCUUUUCUUUCCGCGUGCGACUGACGGCGGUAAUUCGUGUUCGCCGCUCAGGAAAAGCGAAGGCAGAGAAAGAAACACGAAUGACACGAGCGCUGUACUCGCCUUUAUUUAGCGAUAAACGCGUCCUGCGUACGGUAAACACAAGCUCGGCCGUGUUCAAGUUUUGAAGACCUCAAAAUAGACUGGUUGUGCUGCUUACGAAUUAGAAAAGGUGGCCCCGUGCUAGAUCUUACAGUGCACGAACGUCGCUUCCGUCGCCAACCGCGCCAGGACGUGCACGAGAAGCGCAUACCCAUCCGCUUGCGUGUUCUCUUGAACAAUGGAGUGCACUGACUUUUAUCCUACGUUAAGCGUUUGUUAAAAUGCCCCCAAACAGAUUUUCCACAGGAUAUAGGGCAUCCCUCUAGAGUGAGCGCGGUGUAUUUAAACAAAUAUAACCUCGCAAAAUAUUUUCACGCGGGCCUAGUGUUUACCAAAGGAGCGUGUAUAG